GGGGAGGGGAGGCAGCUCCGGAGGACUUUUUAAAAAGAGGAAAUCAUAUAUCCAGCACUUGCCUUGAAAAAAGAAUCUGUCAGAGGAGGAAGGUGAUCCAUUGGUGCAGGUGGAGGCUGUUUGGAGACUAAAGGAGGAUGAGGGCAGAGCUGGACUUAGUCAGUCCAGAAGGGAGAAAAAGCCCUGAUGCCACAGAAAUUGGGAGCAGAAGGGAACUGAGGGAAGGAACCUUGCAGAAGAGCCUGGGAGAGGAUUUUCCCCCUUCAGAUGUGCAGCGCCAGCAAUUCCGGCACUUUCAGUACCUGAAGGCCGAAGGACCCCGAAAGGUCUGCAGCCGACUCUACCACCUUUGCUACCAGUGGCUGAAGCCAGAAAGGCACAGCAAGAAGGAGAUCCUGGACCUGGUGAUCCUGGACCAGUUCCUGGCCAUCUUGCCCCCAGAGAUGGAGAACUGGGUCAGGGCAUGUUGGCCAGAGAGCAGUUCCCAGGCAGUGGCCCUGGCAGAAGGGUUUCUCCUGAGCCAUGCAGAUGACGAGAAUAAAGACCAGCAGGUGCAGGAAAGGAUCAACUGUUACCAUGGAGCGGCUUUUCUGGGUGAGUCCUUGAAACCAACAAUACAAUAUGUGCCAUAUCUUUGCAGCAGGGAGAAAGUAACUUCUAUGUGGCCAGAGGAGGGUCUGGUGACCUUCGAGGAGGUGUCUGUUCAUUUCAGUGAUGAGGAGUGGGCUCUACUGGAUCCGGAAAAAAGAAUCCUUCACAAGGAAGUCAUGGAGGAGAAUUUUCAGAACGUGGCUUCUCUGGGAGGACUUCUGAUUCCCAGACCUGACUGUAUUUCCUUAAAUGGAAAUUCAUUUUUCCAGGACCCAGAAGAAAAGGGGAGAUCAGCAGAUGCUAAUACUGCCCAGAGAAAGCCUGAGGGUGAACUGCAACAAGUCCCAUUGGAAGGGGAACAACAGAGGAGAAGCAGUGGGACAAAACAGAAGAGGGGAGAUGAAUCAUCCCAUCGACAAAUCCACAUGGACAAAAACCCAUAUAAAUGUGUGGAGUUUGGGAAGAGCUUUUCUAAGUGUUCACAGCUUACUGUCCAUCAGCAAAUCCACACAGGGGAGAAACCAUAUGAAUGUGUGGAGUGUGAGAAGUGCUUUGCUAAGAACACAGACCUUCCUAUCCAUCAGCAAAUUCACACAGGGAAGAAACCACAUAAAUGUGUUGAGUGUGGGAAGAGCUUUACUCAGAGGGCCCACCUUACUGUCCAUCAACGAAUCCACACAGGGGAGAAACCAUAUAAAUGUGUGGUGUGUGGAAAGAGUUUUACUCAGAGGGCCCACCUUAUUGUCCAUCAACGAAUCCACACAGGGGAGAAACCAUAUAAAUGUUUGGAGUGUGGGAAGAGCUUUGCUCGGAAUGGAAACUUUACUGCCCAUCGACAAAUCCACACAGGGGGGAAACCAUAUAAAUGCAUGCAAUGUGGGAAGAGUUUUGCUCGAAAUACUGAUCUUACUGUCCAUCAACGAAUCCACACAGGGGAGAAACCAUAUAAAUGUAUGGAGUGUGGGAAGAGCUUUGCUCGGAAUGCAAACCUUACUGUCCAUCAACGAUUCCACACGGGGGAGAAACCAUAUAAAUGCACUGAGUGUGGGAAGAAGUUUGCUCAAAACACAGAUCUUACUGUCCAUCGACGAAUCCACACAGGGGAGAAACCAUAUAAAUGUGUGGAGUGCGGGAAGAGUUUUGCUAAGAGUUCACAGCUUACUGCCCAUCAACAAAUCCACACAGGGGAGAAGCCAUAUAAAUGCAUGGAGUGUGGAAAGAGAUUUGCUUGGAGUACAAGGUUUAUUGUCCACCAGCGUAUUCACACAGGGGAGAAACCAUAUACGUGUGUGGUGUGUGGAAAGAGCUUUGCUCAGAGCUCUCACCUGAUGUCCCAUCAACGAAUUCACACAAGGGAGAAAGCAUAUAAAUGCGUGGACUGUGGGAAGAGUUUUGCUCGGAAUACAGAUCUUACUGUCCAUCAACGAAUCCACACAAGGGAGAAACCAUAUAACUGCAGAGAGUGUGGGAAGAGCUUUGCUUGGAAUGCAGACCUUACCCUCCAUCAACAAAUCCACACGGGAGAUGCCAUAUAGAGGAAGUGACAUCUUGCAAUGAAUGCAGAUGGCUAGAGCACAGACUCCAGUCCCCAACUCUACUAAAAGUGAAAAUAAAGUGACCGCAGCCGCAAGAAAUCCUGGGCACUGGGAAAACAGGAGGUAAACUUAAGAACCUCCAAAUCAAUCCCCCAAUCCUUAAAAAUUAUUUCCCAACUGAUGACGGCAAAUCAUGCCCAAACCCUAGAAAGACAAGGAAAAGAAAAUGGCCGCCACAAAAAUGAAAGCAGUAGGAGAGGAAGCACUAAUAUGCAGAAAAGACUUAGAUGAACUCACAGAGUUCCUUGAUAAAAUUAUUCAAUUAUUAGGCCCAAUAAACUCUCAAUUAAAAGAAAUAAAAGAAAUGCUGCAGGUAGUAACUAAUAGUAUUGGAACAUUAAUGGAGCUGGGACUUACCUUUCAGGAAGAGGUUAAACGAUUAUUAAAAAAUGAAGAAACAACAAACCUAAAAUUAAAGGAUCUGGAAAUUGCUUCCCAUAGAAAUAAUCUUAGGUUCUGAGGGUUUGAGGAGAAAGAAGAAGGUUCUACAGAGCUAGCCAUUUUCAUAGCUUCUUGGUAAACAAACACCUUAGAAUUAGAAGAUAGAGAAGCCCCUGUUAUUGAGAGAGCAUACAGAAUUGGCUGUAUUUGUAAUUCCAACAAAUUUCCUCAUGACAUUCUUACUAAAUUUCUUUGCCUUCGCACAAAGGAAAAAAUUUCAAGAGAAACAAGGAACAAGGCUUACAUUCAGAGGUACUAUGUUCAAGUUUUUCAAGAAACACUCCAAAAAAGAUGACUGAUAAAGCCAAUUACUGAGAAAAUGACUGUUUCUAAUAAAUGGUAUCACUGGGGACAUCCGUUUAAACUCCUAGUUAUACAUAAACACCUCUCAUUACAAGUGACAAACCUCAAGAAAGGAAAGGCUCUCCUGAAAACCCUUCACUUGAGUCAAGCUGCAAUUCACAGCAAACAAGUCCCUCGAGGAGGUAAACUACAACAACACUGGAGCAGAAUUCCAGUCAAAGGACAAUCUUGAAGAUAUGCUGUACAUUUAAAAGUAAUCUCAUGGAAUAUCUCUAAACAACCAGAUCUUUGUAAUUUACUUUUUACAAAAUUGUACAGAAAUGCAAAAAGAAUGCAGACUUCUAAUGAUCCUCUUACAAACUAGAAACCCUUUGAAAGUGGUGGCGGGGGUGGGUGGAAUCUGGAAAUCCCAUUUGCUCUGAAUCCUCACAAAUUAGGAAACACCAGACGGUAAGCAACAUUUAUUUCUAUUGUACCUAAAAUAGUUUAUUCAGGAAUCCGGUAGUCUAUCUCUGGGUAGAGGUUAAGUUCAGAUAUACUGUUUUGUUGGUAAUGGAGAGAAGGGGAGAGGGGCAGAGAGGGAAUUGUUAUGUUGUUAAAAUGGGUGGGAGGGGGCUGGGAUUUUUUAUUUCCUUUUUUUGGAAGCAGAGUUGGAGCCACUGAUACCAUGGUAGGUCAGUCUAGUUAUAAGUUGUUUACCGUAAAUGAUAGAUUUACAGUGAAAUCCUAAGCAGAGUUACUCCAGUCUAAGCCCAUUGAUUAACUCUGCUUGCGAUUUCACUGUUAGUCUAGUAAAUCGUAUUUGGAAAACUGAAAGAUGAGUAACCAGUAUAAGGCACUGACAUUAAGUUGUCAAGACCUAAACAAUGCCAUAAAAAUAAAAGUCUCUUCAGCCCUUGUUAAAAAA